AUGUUAUUCAAGUCCUUUUUCGAACGCCAAUUGGCAGCCGCCUUUAGCGUAUCGGGACGGUGGAUUGGGCGACAUCCAGGAAUUGCCAUGACGUUGUGUAUGGUGACCUGCACAGUGUUCAGCGUUGGUUUUGUACGAUUUGAAGAGGUGAACAGCAUUCGGACUGAUUAUUCACCGAUGAAUAGCGCUAGCCGACGGGAGUACGCCGUCGCACAGGCGUUUCUGAAUCAGAACGGUUCACUUGAUCCAGCUUAUGUGAUGGUAACAGCGACUGAUGGAGGAUCGCUUCUUCGUGAGACGUACCGACACCAUCUCAUCGAGCUGGCAAAAACGUUGCAGGACAACGUUACGGCUGAAGUCAAUGGACGAGUAUUUGAAUAUCGCGAUCUCUGUGAACCCUACUGUGAUAUGAAUGCCGCUUUUCUGGCGUUCUUGAAACUAUACGAUCCUGAAAUCCCUUCAACGCACACAUAUCCACAGGUGGAUAUAUUCGGCACACAAGCGUUCAUUGGUGAGUGCUACAAGAAC